AUGCCAGGCCGGCGCAGUCGCAGUAGAGAUCGACGAGACCGGCGGAGCCGGAGUCGCAGCCGGGACCGCCGGAGCCGCGAUCGGCGGAGCCCUCGGCGGCGAGAGGAUGAUCGAAGGCCCGCACGCCGUUCUCCGGUGAUGACGAGGAUACCUCCGCCCGCGAAGAAGGAAGAGCCGGAGGAGGGAGUGACGUUAGAGCAGCGGCAGAACGCCAUCGAGUGCGAGGGCCACCUCUACGCGGCGAUCGACUUCACUCCUCCCCAGUCUGUUCCGGACAUAGGUCUAGACGUCACCCCGCGCUACUACCAGCCCAACGAGGGCUCCAAGGGGCUGACUUACAACAAGAUCCCGGGAGGCUGGGAACUAGCAGAUGCAACGGACGUUGUGAAAGAGAAGGUGAUCAAGCCAUACCCAUGGGGCACGCACCUGCUCGUCGCCAAAGAUAGCAAGGCCUACCAGACCGCCAAGGGCGAGAGGCCUGGUAGUCUGGAGAUGCUCUGGGACUAUGCCAAGGAUCCUGCCAAGGGCUACCGAUUAGAGGCCAAGGUGGGUAUGAAUGCCAGAUGGCAUGGCCGGCUGCUGAUCCGCUCGACAGUUUGUUUCGCAUCGGGCUGA